AUGCUUUCUGUAGCUCUGCUUUAUUUUGUAGCUGUGAUUUGUUCUGCAACAAGGACACAUCCUCUGCCCCUGUAUCCAGACUCCAACUUGGAGCCUCAAGCAGAUUUGAUUCAGAAAUUAGUGUCAGAAGUGGAGGAUGGAGGCAAUGCUGACGAAGGGGAGCAGAGAGAGGUGAAUGACCUGUAUCCUCUAUUGAUGCAGCAAGGGACAAAAGAUGCAGCACGACAGGACAAGUUUGCAAAUAUGGUCGAGGACCUCAAAGAAGUUGUCCUGAAGCUGGCAGCAGCCGACAAGCUUCGUUCUCACGGUUUUCUCAGAUCAGAGCAGAAUCUCCCAAAAACAAACAAAAGAGCUUGCUUCUGGAAGUACUGUGUGACCAACUAG